GGCAGCGGCUGGGCUCUGUGGCUUUAGGGCUCGUAAGGGAGAGGGAGAGAGAGAGAGGGAGAGAGGGAAAGAGCGAGGGCGGCAAAGAGAGUGAGUCGGCGCCGCCGCCCGCCUGAGGAGAGAGGAGGGGUCCCGCUCACCCUGCGCUCUUUGCGGGCCGAGAGCGCGAGGCACCCUAGAACCUCUGAGGCCUCCGGGCCCCUGGGGACCCCGCCCCGCCGCCCGCCGGCCGGCCCGAGGCCUCUCUUCCCUUUGUGAGCGCCCCCUUCCCAGGGGUGGUGGUGGUGGCGGCGGAGGUCUGUGCGUGGGCCCGCCCGCCGAGGGGCCGCGGCAGGGGACUGAGAGGGCCUCGGCUGUGUGAGGACGGGAGGCGGCCGAGGCCCGGGCCGGUACCCCCGAGGCAGCGGUAGUGGCGGCUGCCGGCACUUCCCCGCGCCAUCUUAACUGAGCCCAAGUGCUGAGGGCGCCUCAUCGACCCCGGUCGUCCCCUCGCCCCCCCCCCAUUGCCCCUUGUCGCAGAGCUUGGGCUGGGCGGCUCGCUGGGGCUCGGGGGGGGGGGGCGGCGGUCUGUCGCCGGGCCCCCUCCUCCUCACUUCUCGCCCUCCAGCGAAGCGGCUACCGGAGCUCUGCAGGGGGCUGCGCCCGCCUACCCCGCCCCAGACCUGUCGGCGAAAGGUAGUUUAUGCCAGCGUGGCUUCAUUCAUACAGAUGAACCAAGGAUUGGGAUAGCAGUAUAAAAUUAGAAUCAGACAGCUGACUGCCCAGCAGGAUGCCAUCAACUAACCGAGCAGGCAGCCUGAAGGACCCUGAAAUAGCAGAGCUCUUUUUCAAAGAAGAUCCAGAGAAGCUCUUCACAGACCUCAGAGAAAUUGGCCAUGGAAGCUUUGGAGCAGUGUAUUUUGCACGAGAUGUACGCACCAACGAAGUGGUGGCCAUCAAGAAGAUGUCUUAUAGUGGAAAGCAGUCUACUGAAAAAUGGCAGGAUAUUAUUAAGGAAGUCAGGUUUCUACAAAGAAUAAAACAUCCUAACAGUAUAGAAUACAAAGGCUGCUAUUUACGUGAGCACACAGCAUGGCUUGUAAUGGAAUAUUGUUUAGGAUCUGCUUCAGAUUUACUAGAAGUUCACAAAAAGCCAUUACAAGAAGUAGAAAUAGCAGCAAUAACACAUGGUGCUCUCCAGGGAUUAGCCUACUUACAUUCUCAUACCAUGAUCCAUAGAGAUAUCAAAGCAGGAAAUAUCCUUCUGACAGAACCAGGCCAGGUGAAACUUGCUGACUUUGGAUCUGCUUCCAUGGCAUCUCCUGCCAAUUCUUUUGUGGGAACGCCGUAUUGGAUGGCCCCAGAAGUAAUUUUAGCCAUGGAUGAAGGACAGUAUGAUGGCAAAGUAGAUGUAUGGUCUCUUGGAAUAACAUGUAUUGAACUAGCGGAAAGGAAGCCUCCUUUAUUUAAUAUGAACGCAAUGAGUGCCUUAUAUCACAUAGCCCAGAAUGAAUCCCCUACACUACAGUCUAAUGAAUGGUCUGAUUAUUUUCGAAACUUUGUAGAUUCUUGCCUCCAGAAAAUCCCUCAAGAUCGCCCUACAUCGGAGGAACUUUUAAAGCACAUGUUUGUUCUUCGGGAACGCCCCGAAACGGUGUUAAUCGAUCUCAUUCAAAGGACAAAGGAUGCAGUAAGAGAGUUGGACAAUCUGCAAUAUCGAAAGAUGAAGAAACUCCUUUUCCAGGAGGCACAUAAUGGACCAGCUGUGGAAGCACAGGAAGAAGAAGAGGAACAAGAUCAUGGUGUUGGUCGGACAGGAACGGUGAAUAGUGUUGGAAGUAAUCAGUCUAUUCCCAGUAUGUCCAUCAGUGCCAGUAGCCAAAGCAGUAGUGUUAACAGUCUUCCAGAUGCCUCAGAUGACAAGAGUGAGCUAGACAUGAUGGAAGGGGACCACACAGUGAUGUCUAAUAGUUCUGUUAUCCAUUUAAAGCCUGAGGAAGAAAAUUACAGAGAAGAGGGAGAUUCUAGAACAAGAGCAACUGACCCACAGUCUCCGCCCCAAGUAUCCCGUCACAAAUCACACUAUCGUAAUCGAGAGCACUUUGCUACUAUACGGACGGCAUCACUGGUUACAAGGCAAAUGCAAGAACAUGAACAGGACUCUGAGCUUAGAGAACAGAUGUCUGGCUAUAAGCGUAUGAGGCGGCAACAUCAAAAGCAGCUGAUGACUCUGGAAAAUAAGCUAAAGGCUGAGAUGGAUGAACACCGCCUCAGAUUAGACAAAGAUCUUGAAACUCAGCGUAAUAAUUUUGCGGCAGAAAUGGAGAAACUUAUCAAGAAACAUCAGGCUUCUAUGGAAAAAGAGGCUAAAGUGAUGACAAAUGAGGAGAAAAAAUUUCAGCAGCAUAUUCAGGCCCAGCAGAAGAAAGAACUAAACAGCUUUUUAGAGUCCCAAAAAAGAGAAUAUAAACUUCGAAAGGAACAGCUUAAGGAGGAGCUGAAUGAAAACCAGAGCACCCCCAAAAAAGAAAAACAAGAGUGGCUUUCAAAGCAGAAGGAGAAUAUACAGCAUUUUCAAGCAGAAGAAGAAGCUAACCUUCUUCGACGUCAGAGACAAUACCUAGAGCUGGAAUGCCGUCGCUUCAAAAGAAGAAUGUUACUUGGGCGUCAUAACUUGGAGCAAGACCUUGUCAGGGAGGAGUUGAAUAAAAGGCAGACGCAGAAGGACUUAGAGCAUGCCAUGCUACUGCGACAGCAUGAAUCCAUGCAAGAGCUGGAGUUCCGUCACCUCAAUACAAUCCAGAAGAUGCGCUGUGAACUGAUCAGAUUGCAGCACCAGACUGAGCUCACUAACCAGCUGGAAUAUAACAAGCGAAGAGAACGAGAACUAAGACGAAAGCAUGUCAUGGAGGUUCGACAACAGCCUAAGAGUCUAAAGUCUAAGGAACUCCAAAUAAAAAAGCAGUUUCAGGAUACCUGCAAAAUCCAAACCAGACAGUACAAAGCAUUAAGAAAUCACCUGCUGGAGACAACACCAAAGAGUGAGCACAAAGCUGUUCUGAAGCGGCUCAAGGAGGAGCAGACCCGGAAGUUAGCCAUCUUGGCUGAACAGUAUGAUCACAGCAUUAAUGAAAUGCUCUCCACACAAGCUCUGCGUUUGGAUGAAGCACAGGAAGCAGAGUGUCAGGUUCUGAAGAUGCAGUUGCAGCAGGAACUGGAGCUGUUGAAUGCAUAUCAAAGCAAGAUCAAGAUGCAGGCUGAGGCACAACACGAUCGAGAGCUUCGGGAGCUUGAACAGAGGGUCUCCCUCCGCAGGGCACUCCUAGAACAAAAGAUUGAAGAAGAAAUGUUGGCUUUGCAGAAUGAACGCACGGAACGAAUACGAAGCCUGCUGGAGCGUCAAGCCAGAGAAAUCGAAGCAUUUGACUCUGAAAGCAUGAGACUAGGUUUUAGUAACAUGGUCCUUUCUAAUCUUUCCCCUGAGGCAUUCAGCCACAGUUACCCGGGAGCUUCUGGUUGGUCUCACAAUCCUACUGGGGGUCCAGGAUCUCACUGGGGUCAUCCCAUGGGUGGCCCACCACAAGCUUGGGGCCAUCCAGUACAAGGUGGACCCCAGCCAUGGGGUCACCCCUCAGGGCCAAUGCAAGGGGUACCUCGAGGUAGCAGUAUGGGAGUCCGCAAUAGCCCCCAGGCUCUAAGGCGAACAGCUUCUGGGGGACGGACGGAGCAGGGCAUGAGCAGAAGCACGAGUGUCACUUCACAAAUAUCCAAUGGGUCACACAUGUCUUAUACAUAGUAAUUGAGAGUGGCAAUUCCGCUGGAGCUGUCUGCCAAAAGAAACUGCCUACAGACAUCGUCACAGCAGCCUCCUCACUUGGGUACUACAGUGUGGAAGCUGAGUGCAUAUGGUAUAUUUUAUUCAUUUUGUAAAGCGUUCUUGUUUUGUGUUUACUAAUUGGGAUGUCAUAGUAUUUGGCUGCCGGGUUGUUUUUGAUUUGUUUUUUUAACUUUUGGGGAAUUUUUGAAAAGGGGAGUUGAUACAAAAAAAUAUAUAUACACAUAUGUAUAUAUGUGUAUAUAUAUAAUGCAUGUAGUAAAAAAUCGGAUAGAUAAGGGGGUAUAUUCUGAAAACUGCAAAAAUAAAAUGCAGCAAAGUGGCCUGAGUCAUCACUCUUGGGCGUUUGUAUCCUAAGAAGUUCAUGAAAAGAUCUAAAGCCUUCCUCCAUAUCCCUAAUUCUUACAAGCCACUCACAGCAGGCAGCAUAUGCUGAACUAGUUGUUAGGAGAACACACUCGCCUCCCCUCACCAGUGUAUUUUCUUUAUUAAAUUGGCCCGACUUCUCAGCCUCAUUUGGAGUAGAAAAAGAGAGGGGAAAUCCAUGAACACUAAAGGGUUCCAUUGACUUUUUCAGAGGGUAGAAAACAACUUAGUUCAUUUUCUCAGUGCCACAUAGGUUUGUCAGUGAUUUUUAUCCAUUCGAUUGUGCCUUCUUUGUGGCAUGAAGAGGUGAGGGUACUUCAGGAGACCACAAGUUGUGUGGAGAUUGCAUUAACAAACCUGUGAGAUUUCGAAGGGGGAGACCAGAAGGGUGAAAGAGGCCUCUGAAAGCUCAUAUGGUGGGUAUGUUUAGCAGCAGAGUGAGGAAGUGAAGCCUAUAUAUCCUGAGGUUUUGUUGCUUAUACUGUGAUAUCUCAUCCUAGCUGAGCACUAUAACUCCCAAGACCCCGAACAUAUUUUUACUUGGUACAAAACAAAGAUGUGUAGCCAAUACAAAUCAAAUGCCAGAGGUAUUUGAAUGAUGCCAUAUUUGCAAGCUGCCAUCUAUUAGAAUUCUCAUCACACUACGUAGACAUAAUUUGAUUACCCCAUUUUGGCUUAUGGGAUUUCCUGUUGACACAUAGAAUAGCCAAUUAUUUAAAUGUUUAGUUGCCAUAGUGAACAAGGAGUCACUGAGCCAAUGACUACCAGCUGCUGACAAAUCCUCAUCACCACUGUAGAUUUUGUUGCAUGUGCAGGUCCUCUUUUUUUUAGUUGCUGUUUUUGUUGCUGCAAUACUUUACAAACUUCUAGUUCAUUGAGACUUUGUGGUCAUUUGACAUCAUGUUAACAUCACACAAUAGGAAACACCACUUACAGAAGUCUCUAGCCUUCGUGCUUAAGUACUACUGAAAAAGAACUAGGAAGUUUGGCAGAUUAAAAAGAAAAAGUAAGUUAAAAGUGGUCAGGGAAUCUCUUGACAAAAGCUAACUUUUUUUUUUCCCCAAAAAAGGGGGGGGCAUGUUUUGUUUUGUUUUACAGUGAAGGAUCAACUUAGUGCUAAAUGUCAGACAUUAAUUGGUGUUCCAAUGCCAGUGUGGAAAUUGAGUUGGAGGUGGGUGGGAGCUGUGAGUAUUCCUUGAAGAAAAAAAAAUGUCUUUUCCGGUGGUGAAUCAGAGUUCCUUAUACGUUGUUAUCCUGCCCCCUCCCCGGUUGUCUUGAAGAACCCGUGCUGCUAACUCUGGGUCCUGCUUUUUGUGUAGUCAGAAUCCCUCUCAUUGAUAAUACUCUGCUAGACUGAACUAGAGACCAACAGCAAUGUAUCACUGUUGAAGUCCUGGUUUUCUCAACUAAAUUAAAGUCUUCCCCAGGUAUGUCAGUCUAACCCCCAGGAAUCUUCUCCUUUAGGAUUUCCUGGCAUUCAUUUAAAGGUAAAUGAAGAAAAAUUAACAUUUUAAUGUAAAUCUUUUUAAAAUCAAGAUCACGGUAGAAUUCACACACCAUUUUAGGCAGUGUUUCAAGUAGCACUGUGAUAUAGUGUCCUCUUGGCCAUUCAUCAUCACCAGUUCUUAGGUAAAGGUGACAUGUAUUUGUCAUAUCUAAUGAGAUAUCUAAUGUCAUAUCUUUGUUGCAUUCAGACAUAUAAUGCUUCAAACAAAUUGAGAAACCUGACAAGAAAAAGCAUUAAAAUUUAAUAAAAUGUUAAAAAACGUAGUGAAACGUAAUCCCAAAACCCAGUGCCGUCGAGUCGAUUCCAACUCAUAGUGACCUGGCCCCUUUUUAUAUAAGACCUGGCCCCUCUGUACUACUAGACGGAUGGAAGAGCAAAUGUUUUGCAUACCAAACUCCAGAUUCCCCAUUCUGCAUUUUAAAGUCCAGUUGUAGACUUAAAAUUAGAGUUUUCAACUUAAUCAAAUUGAGUUAUUGAGUUUAUUCAGAUCAUAUAGACUUGUAAAAAUGCAAUUAAAUACUGACUCCAAAUGUCUUUCCAGUAAGACUUUGUAUCUAAUUUAAUCGUGUGACACCCAGAUUUACAUGUAGGUCAUGACUAUACCUGGUUUAUACCAUUAAGUUAAUUUUAAUUAAAAUAUGUAUCUUUUGCAAAAAUGAUUCAGAUUAAUUGGUUUGUGUGUGUUUGUGCAGGAGUAAAAUCUGACUUCUGAGGAAUCGCAUACGUGAUAGGAACCAUCAGAGUAAGGCUUAUAAUAGGAAAUUUGAAAUGUUUUGAGAUUUUCUAAAGAAAAAAGGAAGCACUUUCUGAAUCAGUGUGCAAAUGUCAACAUUUGAUCAGAUUAAUACUACCUCUUUCCCAUUGUUGGUGUCCACUUGUUAUAUGUGUAUUUAAGGAAAUAAAAAGUAUGGGAAAUUUGUUCAGCAUAUCAGAAAGUUCUAAAUGCUACAUCUGGUUUCCAGAGCUUGGCAGUAAAGUUUCCUGUGUUCGCUGUCGCUCCCUUUUUUCCCUUAGCAUUUUAAAAAUGCAAAACCUCAUUCCUUGAAAUAUAGUAUUCCUGAUUGGGUUCCCUUCCCUUUGCACAUGUUUUUCUCCCCUUAUUAAAAUCAGCUCUAACCCCAAAUUAUAUAGUAUCUGAGAGUAAUUUCAUUAUAUAUAAUGUUAGCUGCAAAUGUGUUUAUACUAUUUUUAUUCUCUUUUCUCUGCCUAGAGAUGAGUACUGCUGCAUGUGAAACCAUGGCCACAGGUGUCAUAUGCUUAGUACUCCAGGCAUAUUACAAAGAUUUGUUGUGAAAUUGAACUUUCUACCAUGGUCUUUACGAUUUUUGGCUGCCUAGACAUCAAGUAAACACCAUUCACUACACUAAGGAAGCUGUCCUGGACACCCCUUCCACCUAUUUUUCCUUACCCUCUUUCAAAAACUGAAAACUCUAUGAGUGUCUUUUUAAAAUCAUAAGGCAGAUUUUAGUACUUCUUACUUCUGUAAGUGCUAAAUGUCUGGCAUUUUAAAUUUUUACAGAAUACAUUGUGUUGGACACUGGAAUAAUACUAUUUAUUUUCACCUGUGAAAAAUGACUUCGUUGUACUUGAAACACCUCCUUUGCAUGUCUCCAUUUGUGCCAUUCACUAGUGGAAAUAAAUUGUAUUAUACCAUGAUCUACUGGCUUUUUAAAACUGUGUUAGAUAUGCACAUUUUUGGUAUAGCUAUUAUCAUUUGUAUGUGUAUAUUGUAUAUACAUAUGAGUGUAUGUGUGUAUAGAUAAAUGGGUGGAUAUAACUCACACUGUACGUUUCCAUCAGGGCACUUAAGGUUCUGUUCUUUUAUUUUUUUAUUUCAGCCCUCAGUUAAGGCAAAAAUGCAUACUUUUCUUAAGAAUGUGUGCUCUGGGUUGGUAUUUAUGAGAAGGUGGCCAUUAGAUGCACUCUUUCCUUUUUAAUCCCCCCUGAGCACUUGUGUGAGUGGAGAGAAAGUUAAAUAAAAUGUGGAGCAUGCAUUGCAAUGCAGUAAAUAGUGCUAGGGAAGAAGCCAGUUAGUGUUUCUUUGAGUCUGUGUUGUGAUACAAUAAAAAGGUAAAUGAUGCAGAGAGAAAUGAACCGUGGAAAUUAAAACACUGAUGGUGAUUGCUCUGCAAAGAUAAUGAAAAGCAUCAGUAAGUCACACAGUCUUUAAUACUUUCUAUAUGUAUUUCUUAGCAGUGAUGCCAUUGAUCCUCUUACCCCCCCCCCUUUUUUUUUACUCCAUUAAUCCUAAUAUGUAUUUUGCUGAGGACCAAAACAUCCAAAAAAGGAAUUACUGCUGAGGCAUUUACAGUUCUCCUAAAUCGUAAAAUAUAAGAAAUGGCCACUAGGAGAGAAGGCUAUGGUACUGGUGUGCGGGGCUUUCUCCUUCUAGCUGCCUCUUCUUGCUUGAUAAUCGUUAAGAUCUUUGUGCACCUUCCACCCCUUCUGAGCCACCACUAUUCAAACCAAGCAGAGGUUUGACCCAACACAGCAACCCUUUCCUAGUAAAUUUAUAUGGUCCUGCAUUUCGUCCCAUGCUCACAAUGUGAAGUGUCUGGUGUGUAUUCAAGUUAGAAAAUAGUAUAUUUAAAGUAUAUAAGUGUGAAUCUUGUGUAUUGAUGGAGGUGGAGGUUCUUAUUUCUUAGAUGGAAAAGAGCCUUUUCUAAGGAGCAGGGCCAAAACUUGGGCUGUCAUCUUUAAGCUGCUUACCAAAAUACAGAUCAUCACUGAAGAAAAACACAUUGUCUAUUUUAUUUUCCUCCAUCUAACACAAUAGCACCCCCGACCAGCUUAUAGCAUUGCCUUUGACAAGGCAUGUAUGUACUCACUCACUCACUCUUAGUUGUUAAGAACUGGAACUUUCCCAUCCUCAAAUUCCUGAAAGGAUGAAGAGUGUGCUGUACACCUAGCAGACUCACCCUUUGUAUGCAAGGACUACUGAUCGAGGUCUAUUUUGCUGUGUGUCUGGUUAUGUUGUCUGCACUUUUAUGAAAUCACUACAGUAGGUCUGCAUUGGAAAUGACUUAAAUUUGUAAAGAAGUAAAUUUUAUUACACACUGUCUAGAAAAAAAAGUGAAGCUGAGAACUCUUCCUUUAUUGUGCAUUUAUGUUUUCUACUGAAUUUUGGAACCCCCUUUAAAGUCAUGUUGGCUAAUUUUUCCCUCUUUGUAUUCAAAUUUCCAAAAUUUCACUCAUACGGUGGAAGAGAACCCAUUUAGCCUAAUGGUAGUCUUCAGAUGAUAAGAAAUAUAUGAAUUAUUAAUGCACCUUAUCUGCCUGUUGUGGGUCUCUUAAACUUGCACUUCCCACCCACCCAAAGAUAGAUACCCUUUAAAGAAAAUAAAGGCAGAGAAUUAAAACUGGGGAGCCAUUUACUAUGUUACCGUCACUGUUAACUGUUUCCCAGAACCCAGACUUUUUGAAGUUUCAGAGGUUGUAUGUGUGUGUGUGUGUGUCUGUUGGAUUGUCUUUUGUUUUGAAAAUACAAGUGAUUCUUCAGAGGGGGAGAAAAUCUAAUCCUCUCUGUGAUCUCCCUUUGAAAACAGCGUGAUUUCCGCUGAGUAUACUGAUUUGAACAUCUGUAGGUAGUUUGCCAUAAAGAAGUGGAGAGAAGAUGAGACCUCUGAAUGAAUGAAAAAGGGUAUUAUUUUGAUGCCCAAGAAUCCCCCCCAAAGUACGGGUACUUCAACCUGCACAGUUUCCUUUUCACUCACAGUUUUUAGCAAUUGCGAGUGAAAAUCAUGUAAUUAUCUGUAAAUAUGUAGCUAACAAAUUGACCUAGUUUCUGUAUUUUUUUGUUUUUGUACUAAAGUUUAUAGGUCUGUGCCAGCUAGAGAGGAGUUGCCGUCAUUGCCAGUUGUGGUCCUAGCGUCUAACCCUGAAACCAUCCUAGGUGACAUUUUAGAAUUAAUGCUUAAAUGUUGUUAAACAGGGGGAAAUGAAGCUUAACCGUUGAUCAGGUUUGAAAUCUUUUGAAGCUGAAUAAUUUAAUAUAAUGAUUACAUGUUCUUGAUCAUGAAUGAGGUAGGGCGCCUCCCUUCCCCAGUGGCCAUGUUUACAGAAGUGUGUUUUGUCUAUAAAGUGCAAGUGUUUUAAUGUUUAUGUAAAUUAUACAGGUGAUAACAUUAUGGUUUGGAAUUGUUUAUUGGGCUCUUCAGCUGAAUUUUCCAAUGAAAUGAACUAUGCUUAUUGCUGGCACAUUGGUCCCAUUUCUGGAACGUUUUUUCUGUUUCCAGAAUUGCAUAUGUUCCUUUGUCAUUACCCCCUUUUAACCUCUAUUUCUCUGAUAUGCCUUGUAGCCUAAGGUAUUAUUAGAUUGGUGAACAUAGACGAGGGAAAAGUAUUUUAAAAAAUAUCCAGGAACCCUCAUAUUUAUGCUUUCAGUGCUCGUGUUAUAUGUUUCUAUGGCAACUCUGAGGUCAGUGGAGUUUAGAAAUGAGAUACCAAUUUUAAUGAAAAGUGUGUACUCUUUGCUUUUGCAUGGCUUGGCUUAGUAUCAAAGGUCUAUUAGGGCCACUGGAAACAAUGAAGACCAGCUACGUGGGAACAGGUUUCUCUCAGUGGCACAUUUUGCUUUUUCUGAGCCUUCAAAUGCAUUGCCUCGGCAUGGACAUUAGUGUUACUAUAAAUCGCACAUGGUCAUGGAGAGAAUUAUGUGAUUAAAAAGGAUGCAACUGCCUCACGUUUGCGGUUCUGGUUGGUCCAUGUGACCGUUUGGCACAUAUCAAACAAAUCUGGAGUGUAUUGAGCCCUUCCCCUUUUUAGUCAUAGACAAGUAUGUUUAGUUUAUGAAGAUCCUAGCUGCCCCUGGUGUGUUGCCAGACAGCUCUUUUUUGGUGCCCAUUCCAAAUGUGCUUUUGUCCUUCCUUGCAUUUCAUACUGUCAGAAACCACCACCCCUUCUCCUCCACUGCAUUUUAUGUUACACCUUUUAUUCCACAGUAAGUAGGAGUUGUGCCUACUUAGAGUGCCCUUCCAAUUAAUUGCACAUACCCCAAAAUAUUCCAAGCCAGAGACACAAAGUAGGAGAACGUUUCCCCAAAAAAGUCCACUUGAGGCCAGUAAUUUAUCUGACAAGGUAUUUUACCACAUUAUCUUGACACUUGACAUAUGAGCCUAUUAGGAGUUGCAAGUGACUUUCUAGGGUAAAAUCCAGGUGGAGAGGGACAUGAAAAGAGAGAAUUUCGUUCUCAUUUUCCUUUUCCUUUUAUGAUGAUCCUUCUCUGCUAGGUUAGAACAGGUUAGUUUUCCAAAUUUGUUUGGUUUUGUUUUCUUAGGGAAAUUUUUACAAAAGCAAUGGUCUGAUGUAAAUAACAUUUUAAAGUAUAGUGCACAUAACUUCCCCAGACUAUUCCAAUCUGGUAAUUUGUAAAUGCUUUAGAAUUUUUUAAGUUAACACUUGUGUUGCUAAAUCCUAUUUAUGUAAGUCUGCUAAAAUUUUUAACCCAUUUAAAGCUUGAGACAAACAUUUAAAUAAUGGAUGGGUUACACUGAGCAAUUUAGCUUUCAGAACCCCCUUGUUUUAGUAUAUGAAAAAGAUAGCCUAAUGCGCAUUAAUGAGGUUGGAGAGACUGAGAAAUAUGUAUAGUGUAUAUUUUAAAACAGCUUUGCUUGUAUUGUGAAGAUUUAAAACAAACUUGAGAUUUUUAACGUAACUAUUAACACAGUUUUAACAUAAGUUAUCCCACUGGGUUUAAGAGCAUCUUGAAUGUAUAAUCCUUUUUGUAACCCAGGUUGGUUUCUGCUUUUACCAGUCAUCCAAACACAUUAUUUAUGUUUUUAGUUUUAUGUACUCAUUUCCCUUUGUUUUCCUCAAACAGCAUGAUUUUUUUGCACAUGUAUUGUAGAAAAUUUUUAAAAGAAAAAAAUGAAUACAUCAUUUUCUCUGAAUUUUCUUCACCUUUCCCUUCUACUAACCCUUUACCUUAAAGGCCAUAUCGCUCCAUUUGCAUUACUUGUGCAAAUGCCAGGGUUGGUUUUUAUUUUUAUUUUUGCUAUUUACUUAAAAAAAGAAAAUGCUUCAGUCAAUUGCUUUUUUAUUUAAAAAAAGAAAAAAAGAAAAAAGCUGUAACCUUAUCAUUUCUGAAGACAUUGAGAGAUGAAUGCACACCUGUAAUCACCCAGGACCAGCUUUGGUGGCUAAAGGGAAUAUUUUCAGUAAGCAAGAGGUUCUUUUCUACAAGUGGUAUAUAUUACCCACAAUCUAUUUCAGUUAUUCCCACAAGUCAGGGCUCCAGAUAAAAUGAGGGUUAUCAGCUAACUGAUAUGAUAUCAUUGAGGUCCAUCAAUGAAUUUGUACAUUUCUAGUUCCCUUUGGUGAAGGGAAAAAUGAUGAUUUUGCAAGACCUAGAUUUUGGCUUGGUUUUUUGCCUCCUUUUUUUGGCAGCCUUUAUCUUCUCAUCUCCCACAGCCCUUGAGCCUGUAGGGUUUUCAUAGUGGACGAAGGACUUGGGUGGGGUCUUUUAAAACGAGGACUGGUUUUUUUGGUGAGAGAUUAUCAUGUUAAAAGCGUGUUCUUCCGCUUUACAGCUGACUCUUUUUUAAAUAUACACAGUCCUCUCAGUUUUCAGACCAAACAGGUGCCCACAGUGGAGGCUUAUCAAGGGUUGCAAUGGGGAAGAAGCCCCUCCCUCACUGUCAGCACCAGCUGGUAAAGGUGGCUGUACAGAUGUGCAUUUUCCUUUUGGUAGAAACGGUCCGCAGCACUAACUGGUAAGGCUUAUUGUACAGUAUAUCGUCAGUAUUCUUCUGGUUCAACAUACCUUCUAGUUCAUAUAUAACCUGUAUUAAUUGUAUAGAUUGUGCAUUUAAAGCUGUUACCAAGUUGUCAGAACAUAAGAGAGAAAACAAGGUCAUAUGUAAUA